CAGAUCCCAGUGCUAUGGUUUCGCUAUCUGCGGUGACAGAGAUAACGAGUUCUGUCUUCGCGCAACCAGCUUAUCACUAACUAUACUCGGGUGGUCUUAGACGGGAUAAACAUGAAGACACGAAAAAAUCAAAUAAAGAUGGUCCCUCCCGAUGGAGGGUGGGGAUGGCUUAUCGUUUUAGGAUCAAGUUUAAUAAAUUUUUCAACAAGAGCCAUUGAACCAUCAUUUGGGCUGCUUUUCGGAGAUCUCCUCAAACAGCUUGGGGUCGAGACAACGGGGGCAUCUUUGGUCAUAUCUACACUGGGUGGAAUCGUCAACUUUUCAGGGCUGGUUGUCGGACCUUUAAUAAAGAAAUAUACUUACAGAAAAGUAGCUAUUUUGGGAGGAGCGAUAAGUACCGCUGCCAUCCUUCUGACUGCCCCCGCAAACAGUAUGCUGCACAUCCUAAUUACCUUUGGAGUUCUCGGAGGUAUUGGAUUCGGCCUUGCUACUGCUUGCACCCUGGUAGGCAUCAAUGAUUACUUCUCCAAAAAGAAGGGACAGGCGGUUGGUCUUUCAAUGACUGGAACUGCUGUAGGGUUUAUGCUGAUGCCUCAGAUAGUCAGGUACUUGCUGGAUGAAUAUGAUUUUCGUUCUGCACUUCUUAUAAUAGGCGCACUAUCUCUUCAUGCUGUGGUGGGCGCUUUUCUGUUUCAACCUGUUUCUUGGCACAAGAAAGCAGUAAUGAUUGAAGUUGAAGAAGAAGCUAACACCCUCUUGCCACCUGAGAAAAAGAGUAGGUCAGGAUCAAUAGAAACCACAAAUGGAGUAAGGCAUAAUUUGAGCAGUCCAAAUUUAGAAGGAAGAAAGAAUUUGCUUAAUAUUCCAUCUUCAGCUUUUUCAAGAAAGGAAUCUUUAAUUUCAAAUGUUUCGCUCUUAGAUGAUGCUGGAAAUACACUUCACAUACAACAGGGAAUCACUGAGGAAGAAUCUGACAAAGAAUUGGAAAAAAUAACUGUUAAUUCCUAUGUUGAAGAAACCAGCAUAAAAAAUAAUCUGAAGGAUAAAUCAAAAAAUACGAUUACGAAAUCAGUAAAAAAUCAUUUGUCAAGGUUUUCUAAAUUUAUGGAUCUAGAUCUCCUAACAGACGGUGUAUACUUGAACAUCCUUUAUGGGCUGUCAAUGUGCAUUGUGGCUGAAAUGAAUUUCAAAUUAAUUGUACCUUUCUUUUUAUCGAAUCUUGGCUUCACCCAUUCUGAAAUUGCAUUUGCAUUGUCGUCAAUGGCUGUGUCAGACAUAUGUGCUCGAAUAGUUGUACCUCCAAUAAUGGAUAGGAUAACAUUCUCCAGGCGGGCCACCUUCAUAUUUGGCUCUAUUUCAGUAGCAUUAGGCCGGUCAUGUUUAGCUUUGCAGACAACUAUUGGACCAAUCAUAACUAUAUUAGUCAUAAUUGGUUUCUUCCGUGGAAUAUCUCUUACAUCAUUUCCACUUGUUUUGACAGAAUAUUCAUCUGGCAAUAAUUUUCCUUCUGUUCUUGGUUUGUCGAUGGUUAGUAGAGGGAUUUUCAUAGCAAUCUUUGGACCUCUUUCUGGAUAUAUAAGAGACGUAACUAAUAGCUAUCCUUUGUUUAUUCACUCCCAGACUAUUCUAAUAACUUCGGUAUUAAUUGCUUGGAUUAUAGAAAUAAUCAUCUUAAAGUCUAAAAACAAUAAGCAGGCAGUGCCACAUGAUUUACAGAAAGAAGCUGGAGAUAAAGUUACAGUGACAAAAGCGUGAUGG